AUGGCAGGGGCUGUGAUAUAUGAGAAUCCAGAUGACUCACCACCUGCUGUGCCUGUAGUGGAGUCGCCCUUUAAAGAAGCACCAGCAUACGAUCAUUUGACACCAGCGCAACAGGAGAACAGCUGGUUCACAUACGGAUCAGCAACUGUGAAAGGAGGAAAAAGGCUUUGGAGAGCAGUAGCUUAUCAACCUCACACUGAGACCAUCCUCCAUCAACAGGGGGAAGGUAAAUCAAGCCAAUGGGCUGAACUUAUUGCUGUAGCUAUGGCAUUAACAGAAAAUCGAAGCUUCCCUAUUGUUGUUUAUACGGAUAGCUGGGCAGUGUUUCAAGGACUAACAGUUUGGAUAACCAUGUGGAAAAGGGCUGCUUGGACUAUUCAUGGGAGAGAACUAUGGGGUGGCACAGAAUUGUGGGAGCAGCUUUGGACAAUGGGCAUGAGAGGGGAGACCCUCAUUGGUCAUGUAGAUGCCCAUGCCCCAUUGAUAUCCCUUGAAAGGAUUUAUAACCAACAAGCUGAUAUGAUAGUUGCUGUCUGA